AUGAGGUGCUUGAGCGCCGUCGCCGCCCUCCUCUUGGCAUGCGUUGCACCCGAAGCGACAAGCCACUCUGGUCACGAUUACGACGAGUCAAGCCACGCGGAGGACGGGCACUUUGAGGUGUCCGCGGUGUACGAUGUGGAGCCGGGCACCAACUCCUUCAUUGCCAUCCCCGCGGAGGGAAGAUUCGAGCAAGAUACUUUGGCGUUCAUGGUUGUGCUGGCAGCUUCGGCCGAUACGGAGGGGUUGGCGGGAGCUGAGGAGGACGCUGAGGCUGCAUGGGAUGCGUACACCAGCGGCGCCGAAGAUGCGACCGUCCUAGCGCCCGGUGAACCGGCCACCCCGUCCACCGUCGUGGUCUACCAGGUCGCCCUCGAGGACCCCCUGGUGCUGGUGCAAGUCGAGGUUACCAUUGCGGGCGCAUACGCCGUCUUCCUGGAGCAUGGGGCCGAGGAGGUGGGCAUCGUUUUGGCGUCUCCCUCCGGAGUUGUCGUGGUCGCUGCGGCGGAGGAGGGUGGGGAUGAGAGCGAGGACGAGGAGGAGAGUGGAUCUGCAUCGGGAACGCAGUGGGUAAACGGGCUUGUAGCCUCCUUUGUCGUCUCCGUCUGCAGCUUCGCGGGGCUCUUGGUGGUCGCCAACAAGCGCGUGGCGUACAGUAUUGGCCUCUCGCACGCCUUCAUCUUUGCUUCCGGCGCGCUCCUCACGGCCGCCCUGGUGCACAUCAUCCCCGAAGCGAUGGAGGGUCUCGAUUCGUCUUACGACAACCUUCACGACCUCGGCCUGUACGCUGGCCUCACUGUCUUAGGCGGGCUGUCCGUCAGCGUCGUCAUUCACGGCCUCAUGGAGUCGGGCCAUUCCCACUCCCCCCAUGAAGGCCACUCGCACGGAGGAGGCACGGAAACGGUUAGACCAGGGGGCGGCCAUGGGCACCACGCCAGGGUCUCGGAUGGUGCCGGCACGACGAUGCCACUGGGGAUGGCGGAAGGCGACAAGGUGUCGGCGUGGCCGGGGGGGAACUCGCCGCACGCGGUCCAGAUCCAGGCGGAUGUGACCCAGCCCCCGUCCCCGGCAGAGAGCAGCACCGACAACCUCCGGGCGUUGAUCGCCGAGCGAGCAGGGAGGUCGCUGCUGGACGUCAAGGGCUUGCAGCCGGUGUGCUGGAACGUCGUCAUCGGCGACCUUGUGCACAACUUUGCGGACGGGUUAACGAUAGGGGCGGCUUUUCUCACCUGUAGCGCGACCGUUGGCUGGACCGUCACGGCGUCGGCGGUUCUGCAUGAGCUCCCCCACGAGAUUGCCGACUUCAUGGCGCUUCUCAACGGGGGCAUGAGCCUCAAGCAGGCAUUUGCGUACAACUUCCUGUCGGCGCUAUCCGCCGUGCUUGGCACGAUCAUCAUCCUUGCGCUGGGGGACACGCUAAGCGAUAAGGAUGUCUCGAUCGUGCUCCUGCUGGGGUCGGGGUCGUUCAUCUUUAUCGCCCUCUCCGAGCUGCUGCCGGAGGCUCUCGUCGUCACCCACGCCGUCAGCGAGAAGGGCGCGGUCGCCGUGAUGUGCUCACAGCUGCUAAAGUUAGGGUCGUUCUUGCUGGGAGCGAUCCUGAUCGGCAUCCCUCUCUUGGUCGACCAGCACUGCGACGCUGCCCACGAAGGGCACGACCACUGAGUGAGCACCCACCAUACGCAGGCAUGAUUCGGAGAUUUCAGGCCGAGCGAGUCAGGGAGAACAGCUGCCAACACAAUCGUGGACGGUGUGUGCCGGAUGAAGCACCUGAGCAGCACCGGAAAAGUGCCCGUUAAGUGCCCGUUGGUAAUAGGCGAGUACGGGGGUGUAUGUGCGUGUAGGGAUGUGUGCGACGGUUCCGAUGAUGUUUGGGUACACCUCUGUUUGACUCUUGGACCGCAAGCGAAAACGUCGGCGGGCACUUCGCGGCAGCCACGGUGCCAUUUUUUGCUUUUCUCGGUGCGUCUCGUCGUACUAAUCCGUUCUUCCGUUUCCGAACCCUUAGUUGCAUUUCCCGCUUCUGCGUGCGACCAGACAUGCUAUUUAUUUUCACUUUCUGGGUGUUCGUGGAAACCAUCCGGUGGAUCAGGGGCGGAGAUAAUGCCGCUAGUACGGCACUUUCUUUUACUGCGUGUCUUUUGAGUCCUGGUAAAGGGUUUCUGUCUUGGACGAAAAACAGUGAGAGGUCUUCGAGUAUAUUUUGCUUGCUUGUUGUCCAUGGAGUGGUGAGAUUUGCUCAUGAGUGCUGGCGCACAUGUCUGCCAAGCGAUUCGAUCAAACGCCAUGUUGUUACACGUCGUACUGCCGUUGGUGCCUCGGUACGUUUCUUUCGUUUUGCAGUCGACCGGAUCACACGCACACCUUUUUCCACCUGACUGUCUCGAAAAGUGGGCGCAGUGGGCGCCAUUUGACGCCUUCCAGCCGAAGUGAUUCAUUUCACUCCCAUGAAGGGGGGGUCUGCGUGAUUAUGACGUUUUGUAAUAUUUGUAAUUUAUUGUGACUGCGGAUAUACGGAGUUCGAGCCCUCUUGUGUUGGUGAACGGUGCGAAGUUGGUAUUUUUUGGCAUUCUUUGUUGCGUGCUUGAUUGAUAUUCUAUAGGUGAAGUAGGUUGUCCAAAUCUUCCCCUUUGGGUCGCAAUGCUGCGAUUGGAUGCAUAAUUAGUGCAAUCCUUGCUGUGGUGAGCCACGUACCCUCGGCAGUGUAUGCACAUGUACCGGAGUACCAGGUCGGGCGGUUUGGACGUGAGGCGUUCCAUCACGCGAACAAACAACACGUGCGGGAAAACAGGGGUGCCUCUUCGUGCACCGUCCGAUGCAGUUAUUGUGGGAAAUUGGGUGCAACUUUCGAGGGCGCACGAGUAGCACCCCGGAUAUGUUGACGUGAUGUACAGACUGUUAUUGCUCAUCAGUGUUGCCGUUCCCUUGUGGCUUUUUGGGUUCCCCACGGGUUACGUGCGGGCGUUUCGUGCGCCGGACGAUAUGACGAGGAUUAAGUGUAUGUAUCAAAUAGAAGUCUCGGCAACAUGGUAGAAAAUACAUUUACAGAGAGUUCCAAUUUGACCUGGGGAGUACGUGAUACUGUCUGAUGAAUCUUGUUAUUACCUGUUUGGGCUGGUUGUUGCUGUUAUUCUAAGGCAUGUGAACUACCCGGUCGCUGUUGAAAGUGUGAGUUGGUUUUCGGAAAGUUUCUCGAUUCGGUCGCAAUCGGGUCACUGUUGUUGCAGUAACUCGAACAAACGGGGCGGGCGGUUCCGGCUCUUGGUGUGCAAGAACGCACUGCAGUCGUGAAAGCGGUAAUCCUUUGAGGCCACGUACAAGAGGAACAAUUGAAGCUCUGUUGGCCCACUCAUGAGCAACUCUUUUGAGCAUGGCUCAAAAGCGAUAGGGGGUGCUUCUGACCAAAGACUAAAAACGUCCAAGGUACACCGGAUUAGUGUCGUGUAGGCGACGGCUCUCAAUUCUCACUCACUCAUGUUGUGUGUUGCGUUCUUCCCUGUAACGCGUUUUUUCUAACCUUAGCGCAGCCUUCGUGUGAGUGUGUCUCAUGAGC